GAGUUGGAUGUUGCUUCCGAAAUAAUUUCAAAGCAGGCAGUCCCAAAUAUUCAGAUAAUUAAGAAGCAAGCUGCCAGUUGCCUUUUAGAUAAGGAUUAUAUUUAUCAUAAGAUUGAAGCCAACUUACUUUUACAAACUGUAGUUUAAAGACAGAUUUGCUCUAUUCUGUCACCUUGGACCCAGUUAUCAGAGGAUCUCCAUGCUGUCUGCGAUCUAUUGCCGCAGCUGCUGAGCUGGUGGAAAAGGCAAAGAAUAUUGUGCUAGGCCAUUAUCUCGUAGUCGCUGUUCCCCAUGAGCUUGAACUUUUACUAACUAAAUAUGCAGAAAAAGCACUUUCUGCACAAAGGACACACAGAUAUGAAAUGAUCCUUUUGCUAACGGAGAAUGUCAAACUUGAGAGAUCAAAGACUCUUAACCCUGCUACCUUACUCCCAGUGACUGAACCUGAAAGAUCGCACGACUGUGUAGCUGUCUUGAAAACUAUAAGCAAGACUAGAGAAGAUUUGAGGGACACGCCGGUGGAACACCCUGAUUUGAAUCUCUUUACUGACGGAUCUUCCUUUUAUCUUCACGAAUGGAAGAAGAUGCAAGCUGUGCAAGAUAAAGGGAUCUGGACCCUGAAUGGUAAACCUCUAUUGCCCAGAAGGUAUGUACUGCCACUUGCCCGUUGGUACCAUGAGAAGGGGCAUGGAGGUCCCGAAGCAGUAGCCUCAAAGGUAACCCAGCUAUGGGCAGCACCAGGAAUCUCUUCAGCAGCUAAGAAACUGACUGAAGGAUGUUCUUCGUGUAAGAGAUAUGGAGAUAUAAGGCCAAAAGUAACGCCAGGGAAGAGGCCGCCAGCAGUCUGUCCUUUUCAGAAACUUCAGAUUGAUUUUGCGGAAAUGCCAGCCGCUCUCCGGUAUAAAUAUUUGCUGGUAAUAGUAGAUCAACUCUCUGGGUGGGUAGAAGCUUUCCCGACCCGGAAGAACGAUUCAAAAAUAGUUGUAAAAAUCUUGCUUAAGGAAAUCGUUCCUCGAUAUGGCGUGCCUGAGGUGAUAGACUCUGACCGUGGACCGCAUUUUACAGCAGCUAUUUUAUUACAAGUUUAUGUAACCCUAGACAUCAAAGGACAGUUUCAUACUCCGUAUCACCCACCUUCAUCAGGGCAAGUAGAAAGAAUGAAUAGAACAAUUAAGGAGAAGUUAGCGAAAGUAUGCAGUGAAACUGGAUUAAAGUGGCCAGAGGCAUUAAAUUUAGUUUGAUGGGAUCUUAGAACUACUCCAAAGCAGCCGUUAGGAAUUAGUCCAGCAGAGGUCCUAUCUGGACGAAUUUUAGCUGUACCUGGUUUGCAUAUUUCAGCAAAAACUGCACUACUGGAUGGAGAGGAGAAUGUCACUCAAGAUUUAUUAUAUUUACAAGAUUCCUUUCAGAAAAUUAGAAAAUAUGCAUAUUGGUACCAAGGUGCGACACCAGAAGUACAGGUUCAUGAUUCUAAGGUGGGAGAUGAAGUGCUUGCUGGUAAAAACAUUUAAACGAAAGAAUAAGAUGUUGCCAAAAUGGGAAGUAAGCCAUAUGAUGCAAAUUGUGCAACGAGACAAUGUAUCAUGGGGUGUUAGUGAUUUAUGGCAAUGGGCUACUUCCUGGAUUCCUGAUUUUCCAACUUUAAUCAAGAAGAUUCUAAUGGUAGUUGUUUUAGUCAUAAUCAUUUGGAUCAUGGUAAUGUUUGUGUGUCAGUGUUGUGUCUCGUGUUUAUCUCGAAUUCCCACCAGAUCCUAUUGUAUCCGAUAGGAUAGCGAGUAUCCUAAAAGAAAAGGGGGGACUGUUGGGAAAAUGUUGCAAUGCAGUGCUGCUGCACAAGCUGUUC